GGGGCCUCGGGGAGGUCUGCGCGGCCCAUGCCUGGAGCGAGGGGAGGAUGGCCCCGGUGCGGCAUGCAAGGGCGCAUGGGGGUCACGCGGGGGGCAUCUAUACCUUCUCUCGCACCCUCCGUCCAGCUCCCGCGCCCGCUCGCCUCCGCCCCGCCUGCCUCCUGCCCGUAAGGAGGCGCCCUGCGCCGGUGGGGCGCCACGCGAGCCGAACGGUCGUCCACUGGCGUGGCGUCCGAGCUCCACGUGGAGGGCGCGCCUACAGAGGUGGGAGCAGCAGCAGCAGCAGCAAGAGCGAGGAAGCCGAGUGCGUCAUCAGCGACUCCGACGACGGCGCUGCGGCAGCCCCGGGGCCGCCAGCACCGGGCGGAGCCACCCCGGCCCCGAAGAAGAAGCCGAAGCCCGGGAGCGCCGAGGCCAAGGCGGCGGCGGCCAAGGCGGUAGCCGAGGCCAAGGCUGCGCCGCUGGGCGCCGGGCGGCCGGCCGCAGGCGCGCCGGGCAGCGCGGGCGCCGCCUUCGGCGCCACCGCCGCCUGCGGCGCCGCCGCAGCGGCCGCCUCCGCGGGCCGCCGGCGUGCGGCGGGGCGCGCCGGGCGCGCGCAGAGGCGUGCCGAGGUGGCCCCGGGCGAGAAGGUGGUGGGCAUCGACCUGGGCACCACCAACUCCGCCGUGGCGGCCAUGGAGGCCGGCACGCCGACGAUCAUCCCGAACGCGGAGGGCGCCCGCACUACUCCCAGCGUGGUGGCCUAUCCCUGGGAGCGGGGAGAUGCUCGUGGGGCAGAUCGCGAAGCGUCAGGCCGUGAUCAACCCCGAGAACACGUUCUACUCGGUCAAGCGCUUCGUCGGCCGGACGUCCGCCGAGGUCGAGGAGAGGAGCUGAAGGAGGUGUCGUACAAAGUGGAAACCGUGGGUUCCAAGCUCAAGAUCGACUGCCCGAUCGGCGGCAAGCAGUUCGCGCCCGAGGAGAUCUCUGCGCAGGUCCUGCGAAAGCUGGCCGCGGACGCCGGCAAGUACCUGAGCGCCACCGUCACCAAGGCCGUGGUCACGGUGCCCGCGUAUUUCAACGACUCCCAGCGCCAGGCGACCAAGGACGCGGGCAAGAUCGCGGGGCUGGACGUGUUGCGCAUCGUGAACGAGCCCACCGCCGCCUCGCUGGCGUAUGGCCUCGAGAAGAAGAACAACGAGACCAUCAUGGUCUUCGAUCUCGGCGGCGGCACCUUCGACGUCUCCGUGCUGGAGGUUGGCGACGGCGUCUGCGAGGUGCUGUCCACCAACGGCGACACCCACCUGGGAGGAGACGACGACUUCGACAAGGUGAUCGUCGACUGGCUGGCCGACGGCUUCAAGAAGAAUGAGGGCAUCGACCUUCUGAAGGACAAGCAGGCCCUGCAGCGCCUGACCGAGGCGGCCGAGAAGGCCAAGGUUGAGCUGUCUGGGGUGCAGGAGGCCAAGAUCUCGCUGCCGUUCAUCACCGCGGACGCGACCGGCCCGAAGCACAUCGAGGAGACGCUGUCGAGGGCCAAGUUUGAGCAGAUCGCGGCCAGCCUGAUCAACCGCUGCAAGGGGCCGUGCGAGAACGCCCUGAAGGACGCGAAACUCUCGGCCUCGGACAUCAACGAGAUCGUGCUGGUUGGCGGCUCGACGCGCAUCCCGGCUGUCCAGACCAUCGCCACCGACAUGGCGGGAGGCAAAAAGCCCAACCAGAGCGUGAACCCGGACGAGGUCGUGGCAAUCGGCGCUGCGGUGCAGGCAGGCGUGCUUGCUGGCGAGGUGAAGGAUAUCGUGUUGCUGGACGUCACCCCCUUGUCGCUGGGCGUGGAGACUCUAGGCGGCGUGGCCACCGUGCUGAUCUCCAGGAACACGACAAUUCCAACCAAGAAGACCGAGGUCUUCUCCACCGCCGUGGACUCGCAGCCCUCGGUGGAGAUCGUGGUCCUGCAGGGCGAGCGCCAGUUCGCGAAGGACAACAAGAUUUUGGGCACGUUCCGCCUGGACGGGGUGCCACCCGCGCCGAGGGGCGUUCCGCAGAUCGAGGUGACGUUCGACAUCGACGCCAACGGCAUCCUGAAUGUUGCCGCCAAGGACCGCGGCACGGGCAAGGAGCAGACCAUCACCAUCACCGGCUCCACCACGCUGGACAAGGGCGACGUCGACAGGAUGGUCAAGGACGCGGAGGCCAACGCCGCGGAGGACGAGAAGCGCAAGGACGCGGUGGAGACGAAGAACCAGGCAGAGUCCCUGGUCUACCAGACCGAGAAGCAGCUGCAGGAACUCGGCGACAAGGUCCCCGCCGACCUGAAGGCCAGCAUCGACCCCAAGGUCGCGGCCCUGAAGGAGAAGGUGGGCGAGUCCGAGCCGGACAUCGAGCUGCUGAAGAAGAUGACGAAGGACCUCCAGGACGAGCUCAUGAAGGUCGGCCAGGCGGCGUACGCCAACACUGGCGGCGCCCCCGCGCCAGAGGGCGGCGCUCCGCCGCCCCCGCCGGGCGACGCGCCCCCGGCGGGCGACGCGAAGAAGAAGCCGGACGACGUCAUCGACGUGGACGGCCAGUAGGUGCGGUUUUGCUGGACCAGGAGGGCGGGCUGUUCCAUGAUUGCAUCUUCGGCUCUGCAACUGAGGGGUCGGGCUGCUUCCAUGCGUGCAUCUCCAACUCUUGCGUCUGCCCAUGCGCUCCUGGCACGUCUCCUCCGAUUCUCGCAGUUUUCUUCCCGUUCGGGCCUGCUUGUUGGCAGGCCCGCGGGCGAAUGCCGGCGACGAGUCGUCCAGUCGGCCCGAUUUUAAAACGAUGUGUAUGCGGAGACGGCCACGUAUUUUGGCACGCGGUGUUCUAGAUGUUUUCAGCGCCUUGCUGCUGGCCCACAUCGACAGUGCACGCCGCCACUCUGUGCCGCUACAGACUUGCCGAGCUCGUCAGCGAGCGAUCUCUUGUUCCAGGCUCGGUCACCCCAGCGAAGAACUAUGUUUUUUUCUCCUCGGCUUCUCUGUCACCUCGUCAUUCGUCCGCGAGCUAUCUCUUGUUCCAGGCUCAGUCACCCA